GCCUUGAGAAGAACAUCCUGCUCUUGAGCCUGAAGAUAUUGAAACAUUAAUUAAGUACAUGGUAGUAGUGCUUUCUUCUACAAUGUCUGAAGAAGUCACUUAUGCGACGCUCACAUUUCAGGAUUCUGUUGAAGCAAGAAAUAACCGGGAUAGAAAUAACCUAAGGAAAAGAGGGUGUCCUACUCCUUCCCCCACAUGGCACCAGGCUGCCCUGAGUCUGUUAAUUCUUUGUCUGAUGCUGCUGAUUGGGCUGGUGACCUUGGGAAUUAUGUUUUUGCAGACAUCUAAUGAAAUUAACUCAGAUUCAGAGAGAUUAAGUCAACUUCAAAAAAUCAACCACCAACAGCAAGAUAACUUAUCCCAGCAGCUGAGCAACUAUAGAAACUUUCCCACCAAAGAGGAAUAUCUCAAAUCCCAGAUCUCUGGUCUAUUGAAGCAGCAGGAACAGAUGGCCAUCAAACUCUGCCAAGAGCUGAUCACUCACACUUCAGACCACGAAUGCAAUCCUUGCUCUAAGAUGUGGCAAUGGUACCAAAACAGCUGCUAUUAUUUUGCCACAAACGAGGAGACUACGUGGACUAACAGUAGAAAUAACUGCCUGCACCAGAACUCCACCUUGGUGAAGAUAGAUAGCUUCGAGGAAAAGGAUUUUCUGAAGUCACAGGCAUUACCCAAGUUUUCUUUCUUCUGGUUGGGCUUAUCAUGGGAUCUAUCCAGAAAGAGCUGGCUGUGGGAGGAUGGCUCCAUUCCAUCUCCAUCCUUAUUCAGCACCAAAGAAUAUGCCCAGAUCAAUGGAUCCAAAGGAUGUGCCUAUUUUCAGAAAGGAAAGAUUUAUGUUUCCCGCUGCAGUGCUGAAAUUUCUUGGAUUUGUGAGAAGACAGCUACAUUAGUGAAGAUUGAAGAUCUGGAUUAAUAUACAUCUUCCUAAUUCACAGAGACGUAAGGGACUUGUGAUUCUGUUCAUGUGAGGAAAGAGAAAGCCACCCGACCACAACCAAAAACAGAUGAAAAGAUGACUGUGUGUUUAAACUAUCAGGCAAAUAAAUUUCACAGAACAUCUGGCAUGUCAUCAUCUGAGGACUUCUGAUCUGAUAUUCUGGUUGCUGCUGGGAACCUAGGGGGAAUAGUUACUGUAUGGCCCUAAUAUUCUAUCUCAGCAUCAUUUCACUAAAUUUCCUCCCUCAAAUAAACUGCUCUGUUAUAACAUA